AUGGCAGGACUUCAUUAUAAAGUUUACAAGACAUCGCAGAGCGCCACGAUCCUCAUAGUCGCAAAUCUACAGUCACACCACGUCUUUGACAAAAUCUACAUAUCGACGACAAGAAAUGUCUCGCGUUUGAUGGCUUUCGAGUCCCUUAGCGGCGGAUUGGCCCAUCUCGAUGCGGAAGCGGAAACAUUCCCCACCCUUAUAUUGAAGUUUUAA